AUGGCCAACGAUCGCACCGCCCAAAAUGUCAUCCGCAGGAAACUCGUCAUUAUCGGUGACGGUGCCUGCGGAAAGACAAGUUUACUGAGCGUGUUCACGCUUGGUUUCUUCCCGAAAAAUUAUGUACCCACCGUAUUCGAAAACUAUGUGACAGACUGCCGAGUGGAUGGCAAGUCGGUGCAACUGGCGCUAUGGGACACAGCUGGGCAGGAGGAUUACGAGCGGUUACGGCCGCUAGCCUACUCGAAAGCACAUGUGAUCCUAAUAGGCUUUUCCGUCGACACACCAGAUUCGUUGGAUAAUGUCAAGACCAAGUGGUUCGUUGAAGCACAGGAGCGGUGUCCUGACGUCCCGAUCAUCCUUGUCGGGCUGAAGAAGGACCUGCGUGACGACCCAGUGACGAUAGAGGAGAUGCGGAAGCGAUCGCAGCGCUUUGUCACCCCGGCGGAUGGCGAGCACGCGGCCAAGGAGGUCGGUGCCCGCAAGUAUCUCGAAUGCUCCAGCUUGACCGGCGAGGGCGUGGACGACGUAUUCGAGGCUGCUACGCGGGCCUCGCUACUGAUGUUUGAAAAGAGCGAGGGGAGUGGGUGCUGUGUGAUAUUAUAA